AUGCCUUCCGAUGAAGACGAUAUAUUCGUAACGGAUUCUCUAGCAAUAUAUUCGUCUCUGAAUUUUAAGCCGGCACCAGGAAAAUUCACCAUUAUGGCGUCCUUUGCGCUGACAUCUGCCAAUAAUUCAACACGCAAGGUCAUCGCUCUCUCUACUGGAUCAAAAUGUCUCCCGGAAGUGCGCUUGCCACUGAAAGGGGACAUCUUGCAUGAUUGCCAUGCUGAAGUUCUAGCUCGUAGAUGCGCCGUCCGCUGGUUUCUUGAGGAGAUCGCGCGGUUCGCUGCAGAUCAGAGAUCAGAAUGGAUAGAGAGACAUCCCAGUGGAAAGUUCAGUCUAAAGGAAGGACUUCGUAUGAUAAUGUAUAUUUCCACUGUCCCCUGUGGUGAUGCUUCCAUGAGAUACCUGGCUUCUUCUCAAGACGACGAAAUGGCAGUUUUAAAAAACUCGACUGUGUCUCUCCCUUUUCCUCCGAAUACCGCUUCAAGGGGACGCGACAAUUACUCUCUCUACGGUGUAUUGAGAACUAAACCAGGCAGGGCUGAUUCGCCGCCGACAUUGUCCAUGUCUUGCAGUGACAAGAUAGCCACCUGGAACGCUAUAGGUAUUCAAGGUGCCCUUGGCUCGCGUUUCUUCCAUCCGAUCUACAUUUCCAAGGUAAUUAUUGGGGAGGUGGACGAGGGUAUGCAAGAACUUGUGCGAGCAGACUGCAAAAGGGCCUUCUGGGAGCGUCUCGAAUCUAUCCAUGACUUUCCCGCAGAUUAUCAACUUCAUAGACCGGAUGUGCAAUUUACAACCGUCAUUUUCCCUCACUCUCGAACGUCACUCACACCUCCGUCCAAUAGCUCGUGCAAUGAAUCCGUUUGUUGGAUUGCAGACUCCGCAAAAACUCCGGAGGUCCUUAUCAAUGGAGGAAAGCGAGGAGUUCCACCGAAACACCGUUAUAAAACUAUGUUCAGGUAA